AUGCUCAACAACAACUCGGCCACCAAGUCGGGUGUAGCCGCAGGAGUUAAUGGAGGGGACGCGCGAGAAGCUGCAGUUGGCGUCGCUGCUGGACUUGGCACGGAGGACACGGAGAGUGGUAAUACCGAGCGAAGCUGUGCAGACUGUAUCACUGGACUUGUACGCUUCCUCAUCACUACGUGUAAGCAAGUAACGGACACCCCAGGCCCGUUACAGGCAGGGGCCACUAGUUUUGGCCCCGGCCGGCCCGGCCAUUGCCGAACGGCUGAAACCCAGUGCCGAACCCACGUACUGGACGUUUAUUGGCCGAUUGGCAAGAUGGGUCGACCAAGCGAACAAGCUUUCAAGAUGGCUGGUGUAUUUUCGGCAGCAGCAGAACCGGGCGACACGGUGGUAGUAGCUGCUCCAAGGGCAGCAUACCUGUCGGGAUUGUCAAGCAUUUCCAGGCGCGGCGUGACUGCGGACAAGAAGACAUCAGAUUGCACUGGCAGCGCUGGCGAGUUGUCCAGCUGGUCGAUGCACGGAGCCCCUGCACCACGAGUGCCAACGCGGUGGUAUACACCGGGCAAGUUCGAAAACAAGAGCGAGAGACCUUGCUCCUCGGACGGCUUGAUCCGGAUGAAGCGCUCGAAGAUGAGGCCGGUGGUGGCGAUGAUGAUGUCCUGCUUCUACACGAGCGACAAGUCGGACGCGCGUCCGAACAUGUACCACAGCCACGAUAAACUGCUGCUGGCAAGACGUGCCGGAGACAAAUCUCUGCAUGCGAACGAGCCUCAGCGCAACCUCACUUCACCAGCUACAGAGAGCGCGGAGUGUGACAGCGCUUCGGACCCCCAAGAGGACUUAUUGUAUGGUGAUGAAGUCUGUCUGGUAGCCGACGAGAGCCUCUCUGAAGAUUCGGAGGAAGUAGUGAAGCAGCUGCUUCAUGAUAAGAAGGAGUGGGAGAAGCAGCUGAUUCUUCGCCACAACCGCAUGGAAGAGAGCUAG